UCAAAUGAUGCCAAACCAAGGAGCACGUAAUGCAAAUGAUCCAAAAUAGGUGUUCUUGUUUGGUUUUCAUGCUUUGACUGUUCUCUGACCUGAACAAAAUGCCAAAAUGGUUUCAGUAUUUUUUCUCUUUUCCUUUUCGGUUUUCUCUCUCUCUUUAUCAUUCCCUUUCAUCUUCUUCUCAACCCAGAAGAGGUAAUGAAACUUGUUGAGGAAGUUUCACGCAUUCACAGAGUUUUGCAGAGAAUAGAGCUAUGGAUGUUUUGUGCUGUGAAAUGAAGCCACCAAGCUAAAGUCUUUCUCUUUCAUUGGGCAUGCUGUUGUAGAAGUGAAGAAGGAAGAAGAAAGAGCUUUUUCCUCACGCAAACUCAACCCCCUUUUUCGUAUUAUUUGGUUAAGUAUUUGUAUUUCAGCAAGUUCAUCACCUUGGAGUCGAACAAGGACUACCCUUCUCUGUCACAACAAGUAUAGUACCCCCACAAUAUAAUGCAGCUACACAAGGAAAAUAUCAAGCUUGAACAAUGCGAUAUAUGCGGGGCUCGUGGUUUGAUGGAAAAAGUUGUUACUUGCUCUAAAUGCAGUGUGAUUCGACAUGCUUAUUGCAUUCAAAUUAAUACCACAAUAAUUCCUAAAGACUGGCUUUGUGAGACUUGCCAACCCAAGCAUGAUUCAACUUCACCUCAUAAAGUGAACCAGGAGUUCAGUUCGUGGGCUAGUAAAAGGAAACCAUCUGUCAAAAGAGCCAAAGUGAAGUACCUUGACUUGGAUGAAGUCAUUAGACUUUCUUCUGCAAAGGCUUCUGGUGGAUCCAAAAAUGUUAUUUCCAAGAUUCCCUCCCUGACUGCAAAAUCAAAUCCUCCCAUAUUACCUCCUAAAGUACUUGGGAAGCUUCCAAGAAACAAUGAAGUACUCAAGAAAACAAUGACUAACCAACAUGAUUCUUGCUCAUUGUUUAAAGUAGGAUCAACACAGGAGUGUAUAGAAGAAAAUCAGCAACCCUUUGGUGGACAGGUAGCUGGCAAAAAUGUACAGGCACAUGAUCCUCAGAAAGAAAAGGCUACAAAAGAUGCCCCUUUUGGAGGUUUAUCAGCAACGAAAUCUUUCGCUAUUGUUGGUGGUGAACCUAGCGACCAUGCUGAGUGUAACAGGUCUAAUAUGGAAAAGAGUGACCGAGUAUUCAGAAAAACUUAAACCUUUAUCGUGAAUUUUUACCCUCCUCAAUUCAUGCUUGGAGGGGUCAGAUCCAAAUUCUUCAAACAGCAGCAUCUAGCAUAAUUUAUGAUGGGUUUGAGGCCCAACCGCCAUGCAUUGUUAACAAGAAAGCAUAUAAACUUUCAAGAGAAAUGCCAUCAGUCCUGCAACUGGAGUCACUUCCUGCAUUGAAUGUCUUGACUGACAUAUUCCCAGAUGAUUCUCCUAACCUUCAGGAUAUUGCAUUGUAUUUCUUUCCAUCAGAACAUACUGAUAGGUCAUUUCUUCCUAUUUUCUUGAUCUUUUUCAUUUUACUUUUUCUUUUUGGUGUCAGCCAUGUGUGCAAAUUGCGGUUUAAGCUGCUUAUCCUACAUGUUCUCAAUUGAAUGUAGGUUCAGAAAGAACCUGAAUGACAUAUUGAAGUUUAUGAAUGACAAGAAAGUAAUGCUAAGAAGUUUUAUUGAUGGAGUGGAGUUGCUAGUAUUUACCUCAAAUCAACUUGACAUGGACUCAAGGGGUGUUAUUGCUGAAGUAAAGGCUGGACAUUUCCUCUGGGGAGUCUUUCGCCAAUUUAACAGUGAUGAAGGCAUGGAACCAGUUGAUAUGGAAAUUGAUAUGAUUGGAGGAAAAGAUGUGGAGGGAAAAGUUGAUCGCAUUAUGAAAGAUAAACCCAAGAGGCUUAUUAUUGGAAAAGUGUAAUAACAGACUGCUUAUUAUUCCACUAUGUUUUGAAGCAUUUACAUUAAUGUCUGCAUGAAAAUUGCUGCGUACCACAUAUUUUGUAUUACAAUUACCUUAAAGUUCAUUAUACAUCAUUACAAACCAUAAUCCUA